AUGGCUGCCACCAUCCAGUCACCAAUUGCGACUUCGAGUCCAUUCUCCUCGAUGAAUCCCACAACAACAGAACACGACUUCCGCUUCCCGCGGAGGCCUGACGACCACUACGCCAGCACCUCGCAGUCGCAGUCGCAGUCACAGUCCCAGGCGCACGCGCAGGCCCAGACGCAGGCCCAGACGCAAACGCGGGCGCAUUCCAAGGCCAGCCCCAGCGAACUGCCCGCCGGUCUUCGGGAUCUACGUCUCGACCUCUCUGCUGCGCUGUACCCGAAUGCGCAAGAUGAUUUUCUGAAAAAUUCGGAAUUCCCACCCUUCCAAAAGGCGGCCAUGGACUCCAGCCAGAGCCCCGAGGAGAUGCAAAAGGAGGACCCCUUGGCCACCCAGGUGUGGAAGUUCUUCAGCAAAACGAAGCACAUGUUGCCCAACCAGCAGCGCAUGGAGAAUCUGACUUGGAGGAUGAUGGCCUCGAACCUGCGCAAGAAGCAACAGGAGGAGGAGAGAGCAAAGCUCGCUCGAUCUGCGCCGGCACCUGCACCACCAGCUGCUACGCCCGCUGCGACAUUCAAUGUCAACCCACCCAGCGGCAUUGCCCAGUUGCGCAAGUCGUCAGAACAGAACGUGAACCACCCAGAGCCCAUGAAUCUCGAUGACUUCAUCUUCUCCGAGAAUAUCGCAACACCAGUAACAAAUCCCUCGCCUCAGCCAACAAAACACCACGAAGAGAAGAACCAGAUGCAUCCCUCCUUUGCCUCAGCUAUCCCCAUCAAAUCGCGCAAAGACUCGGCUGCCCAGCAGCACUUUGUCCCGCAAUCAGUCCCGUUCCCUCCUCAUCACCAGAAGACCCAUGACGAGUUUAACUACAUUACUCGCCAUCACCGUAAAACGAGCAUUGACGAGCGACGGACCCGUAAACGUCCGGCCGACUUCUCUCCCCAUGUGCCCGCAGUCAACAGCACCUUGACAACAACCAAUGACCUGGAUGCGGAUUCAGAACUUCACGAAUACUCUCUCGAUAACACCAACCAGAACAACAUGUCGCAGAAUGCGCACCAGAAUGGUGUUCCCUUCCCGUUAGAUACCUACAACAUCGAAAAUGACCCUAUCAUCACCUCCGCCGGUCCUUUCCAGCAGAACUUCUCCUUCUCACCGUCCACCUCACCCAUGAUACCCCAUGGUCCGUUUUCCAGUGUUUACAAUGGAUCUUCGGUUCAAUCCUCGUCUCUGAACCCCUCAGAUUUCUAUUCGCCCCCAGCAUCGGCUUAUCAUUCCACCGUCACAACGCCGCAUGCCAUGACUGAUAACGACGGCUUCUACUUUGGCUCCAUGGAUAUCCGUGGCCAAAGGUCACAACAAUUCCGGCAAGGCGGUCAGAGCAUGGGAAACCAAAUGAAUCAGCAAUUUAUGUACAACAACAACACCAACGGCAACCCUAUGUUCCCUGCCUCUGCGCCCACCACCGAGUCCGUUUUUGCCUCCAGCAGUGCACCGAGUCCUUUUGGGCACAUCGACCCGACGCAAGUCUUCCAGCCUGACCAUCCAGUGCGCUCGCCUGGCAUGUCGCUACCCAACGAGGGCAUGUUCACUUUUGGCGCCGAUUCGGACGAGGAGGAUGGCGGUGCCUUUGCUGAUCGCAACCUGGUCAUGUCACAGGACUUCUCCCCGGGGCCGAUGGACGAGAGCAACUCUCUGGGCUGGGAUCCAUCUCUGCCCGGUCAGUACAGCACACAAGCGGCGCGAUAUCCUGGCGGCCCCCCGCGAAAGCAAGUCACGAUCGGCGGCACCACAACGGACUACGUGGACAACGAUUGGGAAGGCGGUAACCUGCCGAGAUCUCAGUCGCAGUCCUUCAGGCAAGGAUCCGACAGGAGGGGCGGCAAGGUCCCGCGCACGGCGUCCACGCCCGCAGGUCAUCUGGGCCGCAAUGGAAACCCGUUUGAUCGAAUGGCACAAUCCACGCCCAACUCCCCACCAGAGAACAAUGGCACGGUAUCUGGCUUCUCUUCUGUCGCCCCAAGCCGGCCGUCGUCCCCGCCCGGCUCCAAACAGGGCUCGACAACCAACCUGCAGGCCGCUGCCGGUGCCCAAGGUGAAGGCAACGCUCCGACAACUUGCACCAACUGCUUCACCCAGACCACGCCACUGUGGCGACGCAAUCCCGAGGGUCAACCCCUCUGCAACGCUUGCGGGCUGUUCCUCAAGCUGCAUGGCGUUGUCCGUCCUCUAAGCUUAAAAACGGACGUGAUCAAGAAGAGGAAUCGCGGUUCUGGAGCCAGUUUGCCCGUCGGGGGAACAAGCACGAGAUCAAAGAAGAACGCAGCAAGCGCCUCGGGUCCGGGCUCCCGCAAAAACUCAACGCUUGCGGUCUCUACCCCGGCGAAUAACGUCACUACGCCACCUGCUGCUACUCGAGCCGGUAGUGCGAACGAGGGAGAGAGCCCUGCUAGCGGUGCCGCGUCGGGCGGUAAUACGGCCGGCAGCACACCGACGAGCUACGGCACGGGUUCUUCUACCGGCGCCGCUGCUGGAGGAAAGGGUGUUGUACCGAUUGCCGCUGCCCCGCCCAAGAACACACCUGGGCCCGGUGCCGCAGCACUAUCUCGCAACGCCGGCACAUCCUCCUCUUCAGGCUCGUCCAAGCGUCAGCGACGCCACAGCAAGAGUGCUGGCAGCGAGGGCCUCGCGGGUAUGGACGUCGACAGUCCCGAGACCUCGAUGGGAUCCCCCAACGAGGCUGCAAAGUCGCUUGGGUCUGCUACUGGUCUUGCCAGCAUGCCGACGGCGGGCUCGCUUGGCUUGGCUAAUGGCUUUGGAAUGACCCAACGCCCUAUGAUGGGCACGGGCAUGAUGGGAAUGCCUGGCGGCCAGAAUGGUCAGAUGAUGAACCCCGGAGGGCCGGCUUCCGGUCCGCAGGAGUGGGAAUGGCUCACAAUGAGUCUGUGA